AGCAGUUGAUUUUUUGUCGCUCCUAAUUCAUUUUUCUGCCGUCACACUCCAAAACACCAUCCUUUACAUUUUCUCUGCAAAUUCUCAUAAACACAACAAAAUGGGUAUUAAGGGUUUAACGAAGCUUUUAGCUGACAAUGCCCCCAAAUCCAUGAAGGAGAACAAAUUCGAGAGCUAUUUUGGCCGAAAGAUCGCUGUUGAUGCCAGCAUGAGCAUUUACCAGUUUCUUAUUGUUGUGGGAAGAAGUGGAACUGAAAUGCUGACUAAUGAAGCUGGUGAAGUUACUAGUCAUUUGCAAGGAAUGUUUUCACGGACAAUCAGACUUCUAGAAGCGGGGAUGAAGCCAGUAUAUGUUUUUGAUGGGAAGCCACCGGAGAUGAAGAAUCAAGAGCUGAAAAAACGGCUUUCAAAGAGAGCUGAGGCUACCGCGGGUUUGUCAGAAGCUAUAGAGACUGACAAUAAGGAAGAUAUUGAAAAAUUCAGUAAACGGACAGUGAAGGUGACAAAGCAACAUAAUGAUGACUGCAAAAGACUUUUAAGACUCAUGGGAGUCCCCGUUGUUGAGGCGCCCUCCGAAGCAGAGGCUCAGUGUGCUGCUCUUUGCAAAGCUGGAAAGGUGUAUGCUGUGGCUUCUGAAGACAUGGACUCCUUAACGUUUGGAGCUCCUAAAUUCCUCCGCCAUCUAAUGGAUCCUAGCUCAAAGAAGGUUCCAGUAAUGGAAUUUGACAUUGCAAAGAUUUUGGAGGAGCUAAAUCUGACCAUGGACCAAUUUAUUGACUUGUGUAUUCUUUCUGGGUGUGAUUACUGUGACAACAUUCGAGGUAUUGGGGGGCUAACAGCUUUGAAGCUCAUACGCCAACAUGGCUCUAUCGAAACUAUACUGGAAAACCUAAGCAAAGAGAGGUACCAGAUACCAGAUGAUUGGCCGUAUCAGGAGGCUCGACGACUUUUUAAAGAACCAGAGGUCUCAACUGAUGAUGAAGUACUUAAUCUUAAGUGGUCUCCUCCAGAUGAAGAAGGGUUAAUAACUUUUCUAGUAAAUGAGAAUGGGUUCAACAGUGACAGGGUGACAAAGGCAAUAGAGAAAAUUAAAGCGGCAAAGAACAAGUCAUCACAAGGCCGAUUGGAAUCAUUUUUUAAGCCAACAGCAAAUCCAUCUGUACCUAUCAAACGGAAGGAAACACCGCAGAAUGAUGCUAAAGCUAAAGGAAGUAACAAGAAAGCUAAGGCCGGUGGCGGUAAGAAGAAAAAAUAGUUGGCUCUGUAUCUUAAAUUGGCAGUCAUUUACAUGUUGAUCAGUUGGCAUGAAGGAGGCUCAAUUUGUAAUACUGAUGCUCAAUCUUCCAAAUUGUAAAAUAUUUGUAUGACUAAUUACUAAUUUAUGUUAGAUAAUUAUGUUAUUUAACAAUUUGAGAUACAGUGCUUCAUUUGGUAGAGAUGCUCUUAAUUCUCACUUUUUUUGGGUUAAUUUGACUUGCCAUUUUUUCCUUA